ACGAAACGUCAGUCAGUUUGUUUUUCUUUCUUCGCCAAAUAAGUCAUCUGUGCGCUCUCCUGCUGGCCAAGUCAGCGCUUCGUCAGCACCCAGAUAACGCAGUGUAGCCGUCGACAGAUUUCCUGCCGGAGGAUUUUGCUCCCACUUUCUGUGCUAUGGCUGACGGCAACAGUUCCGACGAGGAGUUCGGGGACGAGUGGACCCUGUACGCGACCCGGCCCGAGUGGAAGGACGUCGAACCGCUGAAGCAGGAUGACGGCGAGAAUCCGGUGGUCAUGAUCGCGUACAGCGAAAAGUUCAACGACGUGUUCUCCUAUCUGCGGGCGGUCAUUUCCAAGCAGGAAAAGUCGCUGCGGGCCGGAUUGACGCAGGAUGCGGCCAAGCUGAACGCGGCCAACUAUACGGUGUGGCAGUACCGGCGGGACAUUCUGAAGGCGUUGAAUUGUAAUUUGUACGAUGAGCUGGACUACAUCGAGACGGUGAUCGAGGACAAUCCGAAGAAUUACCAGGUUUGGCACCAUCGCCGGGUGAUUGUCGAAUGGUUGAACGAUCCUUCGCGGGAGCUGGAGCUGACGGAGAACAUUCUGAACAUGGACGCGAAGAACUAUCACGCCUGGCAGCACCGCCAGUGGGCCAUCAAGAGCUAUGGGUUGUUUGAGGACGAGCUGGUGUACGUGGACCGGUUGAUCUCCGAGGACAUGCGCAACAAUUCGGCCUGGAACGAGCGGUUCUUCGUGCUGAAGCACACCGGGUUUACACCGGAAGUCCUCGAGCGCGAGAUCACCUACGUAAUGAACCGCAUUCGGCUGAUCAAGAACAACGAGAGCCCGUGGAACUUUUUGCGCGGUCUGCUCCAGCAGGGCGACGGGAAACUCGGCCAGUUUCAGGAAAUUGUCGACUUUUGCGAAGAUCUGUACGACUCGGGCAUCCGGACGCCGUACCUGCUAGCCUUUCUGGUUGAUCUGUACGAGGAGAAAUACUUUGAAGCUAGGGGCGAGGCAAAUCGGGAAGAAUACCGGACCAAGGUGCAGGACCUGUGCGAAUCGAUGGCCAACCAGCACGACAAGAUCCGCGCCAAGUACUGGCGAUACAUUGCGGAGAACUUUAGACGGAAGCUGGCGGCGGAAGAAAAUCAAAAUGGGCUGUAAUGGGAGAGGGCCGAGAACAAAAGUGUUUACUUUUUAAUAAAAACUACUUAAACUAUGUCGUCUGCGUGGUACGCAGCUGGUGUGUGUAAUAAAGCCAUGAAACCGGAAUCAAAAAA